AGAGGUGAGCCCGGGCGGCGUGAGGUCACGGUGGGAAUUCUCCCGCUGCAAGUGACUUAGCUGUCCCGAAGGCCCGAAACUGCGGGCGCGUGAGGUGUGCGGGGACAGGGUGGUGGUCCCGCGCCGGAAGUGGAGAGGGGCGACCGAGGGGCCGCGAGGCAGGGAGGAAAUAAGGGGGCUGUGGUUCCGGCGACCCUGCCCUAGCUCGGCCGCGGAGGCGGGGCUUCUCCAGGUGGCAGGGACAGGGCGGGGCGGGGCUGCUCCAGGUGGCGGAGGCGGGGCGCUAGCGACCCGCGGAUAGGGAGCGGCGGGGCGGGACCCCGCCUCCCGCUCUCUUUGCCGCCUGCGCUAGGCGCACCCAGAUUCUCCCGCAGCAGUUGCUGAGCCAUGGGUCUCCCGCCCACCCUGAACUCCCGCGAGGCCGCCCCGUCUGCAGCGUGACGGGCGGCCCAGAUGGUCACCAUGGGCCAGUGUUACUACAACAAGACCAUCGGCUUCUUCUACAACAACAGUGGCAAGGAGCUCAGCUUCCACUGGCGGCCCAAAGAUGUGGUUGUGGUGGCGCUGGGGCUAACUGUCAGUGUGCUGGUGCUGCUGACUAACCUGCUGGUCAUCGCAGCCAUCGCCUCCAACCGGCGCUUCCACCAGCCCAUUUACUACCUGCUUGGCAACCUGGCUGCAGCCGACCUCUUUGCCGGCGUAGCCUACCUCUUCCUUAUGUUCCACACUGGCCCACGCACAGCCCGGCUCUCACUCCAGGGCUGGUUCGUCCGGCAGGGCCUGCUGGACACAAGCCUGACAGCAUCAGUGGCCACACUGCUGGCCAUCGCUGUGGAGCGGCACCGCAGUGUGAUGGCCAUGCAACUGCACAGUCGCUUGCCCCGCAGCCGUGUGGUCUUGCUCAUUGUGGGUGUAUGGGUGGCCGCGCUGGGCCUGGGGCUGCUGCCCGCCCACUCCUGGCACUGCCUCUGUGCCCUGGACAAAUGCUCACGCAUGGCCCCCCUGCUCAGCCGCUCCUACCUGGCCGUCUGGGCCCUGUCCAGCCUGCUCGUCUUCCUGCUCAUGGUGGCAGUCUACACCCACAUUUUCUUCUACGUGCGGCGGCGAGUGCAGCGCAUGGCAGAGCACGUCAGCUGUCACCCCCGCUACCGCGAGACCACGCUCAGCCUGGUCAAGACUGUUGUCAUCAUCCUGGGGGCAUUUGUUGUCUGCUGGACACCGGGUCAGGUGGUGCUGCUCCUGGAUGGUCUGGACUGCAAGUCUUGCAACGUCCUGGCUGUGGAGAAGUAUUUCCUACUCUUGGCCGAGGCCAACUCACUGGUCAAUGCCGUGGUGUACUCAUGCCGCGAUGCUGAGAUGCGCCGCACCUUCCGCCGCCUCCUCUGCUGUCUGUGCCUCCGCCGGUCCACCCACAAGUCUGCCCGCUACACACCCUCUGCCCGGACAGGUGCCAGCACUAGCAUCAUGCUCCCUGAGAAUGGCCACCCCCUGAUGGACUCUACCCUUUAUAGCAAGAACCAGAUUACACCCCUGAUGACUUGUGGAUGUGCCUGGCUCAACAAUGUGAGGGAUAGAAUUAAAAGCAGAUCCUUGGUCUGGAUGGCAUGCCACCACUUCCAGGCCUCCUCAGACACACAAGCUCUGCCUGCUCCAGGGCCUGGGGAUGUAGGAUCAUCUCCAGGUGCCCGGGAGAGUGUCAGAUGGGGUGCAGGGAUUUGGCUCUUCAAUCAUCUCAGGUUCAGGGGUUUUUAACAGACAUUUUUCUGUUUUUACGGCACAUCCCUGGUAAAUUCUGUGGACUGCUUCCUUGUCUGUGGUCAUGUGGGUGUUAAAGGUGGGAGACAUGAGGACUCUCUCGGGACACGCUGAUGAGGACAGACCAUGGAUGCACCAUCUGCCUGAGACUGAUUCUGCAGGGGCACAGACUGAGGGGUGCUGAGUGGGAGCCCAGUAAGGUUUGUGGCCCCUUACAGCCUCUGGGGCUUUCCUGUCCGUGUAGACUUGAGGGUGUCCAUGGGAAAGGCAUGUUAAGGAGUAAACCUUUUUUUCUCUGA